AUGAACCUUUAAAAAAAAAAAAAAAAAAAAAAAAAAAGUGACGCUGCAAAAGACGGCUUCAUAAAAAACAAUGUGUUCGAAUUUUAAAGACGUGGUGCGGCGCUGCGCUUCUCGACCUAGGUGCGACCCUUCACUCACUGAACCCUGCAAAUCUUCAGUAGCCUAACGUUCUGUAUGAAGUCCAAGGCUGCGUCCGAAAACUGGAAAAUGCUGCCUUCGGAGGACACAUUUCAAGGUAGGAAGGCAUCAAGGCACGUCCGAAUCCAAUGUUAGCUUCGCUUCCUGUCUCCUGAGAUCCCUUCUUCUGAUCGACCUUUGAAGGCAGCAUAGAUGUAUCCUUUGUUGCCUUUGAUAUCCCACAAUCCGAACGAAAUGGCGAAAAUGGCGUCCGAAAGUUGAGUUUGCUGGUCAGUUUGUGUAAAUGUACGUUUUUGACCAACAUUUUCCACUUUUGAUGUCAUUUCUAGCGAGAAAUUAGGCUACUAGUGUAGUUAUUAAAUAUUUGUUUAGUUCUCAACAAAGCUCGCGCUAUUUUGCGUUAGAUCAUUAAACUGUUACGCUGGCUCAGAAGUCUGUCUGAAAUCCGUUUUCGUGAGGUGCCUUCAUGCACAAACGCUGCCAAAAAAGUCAUUGCCUGAGAAGGUAGUGAGGCAACAAGUCAGCUUCUUAGGUUUUCGGUCGCAGCCCCAAAAAAAAAAAAAAAAUACAAAUCGCUUACAGUUUCUGAAAACGUUCAAUGGGCAUCUUUACACUAAAAAAAAAAAAAAAAAACCAGCACAGAAACCAAAUCUGAAGCGGCAUAAAAUAACGAAAAUGUGUAUUUUAUUUUAGACUUUUCCGACCAGUGUCGAAAACAGUGCCAUCUUGUGGCGGGUAAAAUUUACAGCAGCCAUAAACCUGAGUGAGCAGCUCUGUUGUUUUAUCCAUUACAAAAGCCUGACGACGCUAAAUGUGUUUAGUUUUUCUGACAAAAUAAAUAACAUAUUAAAGUGUGGCAAUAAAUUAAAUGGAUCAACAAAAACAAUUAUAAUAAUACUAAUAUCCUCUGAGUUGUUUGAGGCAAGUAAAUUGUGUUGUUAUUUUACUGUUUUUAUACUGUUUAUAUGACAGAACAUAUGAUAAUGUAGCCUAAUAUAGUCUACAGGCUUAUAUAUUUAAAAUGUUGAACUUCCAUAUAGUGGUCUGGGUUCAAACAUGCCGACAACCAAAGUGAAGCAUUCACGUGACUGGAAAGAAAAUGAGCUUCGUUUUUCAUUAACCACGUCAGUCAAUUUGUACAGCAUUAGAUCGUUCCCACCAACUUCCCACCGAAGUUCUGUGCUAAAAUCCUGCAGGCGCCCCUGGUUCUGGUAGAUGAAGGGCCCUCUCAAGAGGUAAUGCCCAGGGGCCCCUUAUAGUCUUAAUGCAUACAUUAUGCAUAGUCCUGCAUACAUGGGAUUUUUUUAUAUCAAUUAAUUUUUACAUCAACCAUUAGGUUGUUAUAUGUUUUAUGUUUAAAACUGUGGCCUGUUAUAUGUAUUUAUAUUUACUUUUUUAGUUUUGACAGUGUAUUUAACUACAUAUUAUAAAUAUGUAUUUUUUUAUAAUAAUCUUUCUAAUUAAAGUGGUACCAACCAGCAAAAGUAUGUCAUAUGUGCCACCACAAAUUGACACUAUACCACUAUCAGUCAGGUAUUUUAUAUAAUUUUAAAUUAGCAUGAGAGAAAAUGCCACAAACCAUUACAAAGUGACACUUACCAUUGUGAAAUGAAUUGUGAAAACUGGCACCAUUCAAGAAGUGUGCUGCCUUGACAAUGGCUCUUAUACUGCAGAGUAAUGUAGGUGUGUAGAUACUGCAGAAACUGGAUAUUACAAUGUGGCUACUAGCUACAGCAAGUCAAAUCUUUUUACAAAGCAUGUGGUUAUCUCCAGAAGGAAUGCAUGUUCACAUUGUUAAAAAUGCAUUUGUCUAAUUCCAUAAUUCCAUAAAAUUAUUUGUGAAAUAUUAAAACCAUAGAUGAGAACUACUUACCACAUAUUAAAUUAUAUCUAUAUUUCAAAUGAAUUUGUGGUUAUUGUAGAGUAAUCCCCACAGUUAAGUCAUGAACUGAAGUCAUGAAAAAAUGUAUAAACCUUUUUCAGUAAGCAAAGAAAGAAAGGAGGCUCAACAAAUAUGUAAGUUAAAGCAAUGGCUUUUUUCUUUUAAUAGAUAUGCAUUAGCAUACUUCAAGUCAGUAAAACUUCACAAUUUAACAUUUAAAAAAAUCAAGUGAUUGAUCAUGUCUAAAUAUUUAUUCAAAUGCAAAACUUAAAAAUAAGUAAUCGGUUAGGACGGUAGCUAGGAGCAACUAGACUAGAUACAUAUAUAGCCAUACAGGCACCUAGUGGGUAAACCAUGGCAUUACAAAUGAAAAUUAUUUUUCUAGACAAAAUAUUUGCCUCUUCGCAUUGGAAUCUAUAAACCUUUUCUCUAUUUAACCUUAAAUGCUGCACUAAUUGUAAUAUAAAUAAAAAAAUAUAUGAGAAAUAUUUUCUGUAAAAUACAGAAAAUUUAAUUAAAAAUAGUUACACCUAAGGUGUACAGACACAUUGCCCACCAAGGAAUAUUAAAUGUGACCCAUAAGUAAGGAAUACCUGAGGGUUAAAUACAAGAAAAACAUAUUAAUGUUGCCUCUCCAUCACUCUAGAAACAAAAAUGAUAAUGUAGCUAAAUGUCGUCAACAGAAUGAUUAAUGCACCAUAUGCUGUAAUGUUUACCAAUUAAAUUUCUGCAAUUAUAGUGAAGCUGUCGUCUAUUUUGCUUAAGCCCAUUCAAAUACAUUGACAGGACAGCGCUGGUUUGUUUGGAAGAAUAUUACAAAAUUUGAAAGCUGAGACUUUGUUUCGUAUCAAAGCAGGUUUGCCAGUUUGGCCUGAGGUUUACUUGGGCAGAGUGAGAGCGAGACAGAACCUGAGAGUUGGCAAACCUGUGGCGCCCCCGGUGAAAAAAUACUAUAAUAAUUUAUAGUAAAUACUAUAGUGUUUUUGAACCAUACUAUAGUAAAUUGUUGUAUACUGUAUAUAUUAUAGUAUUUACAACAAUUUGUUAAUGAAUGCUACAGCAUACUGUAGUAUUAACUAUAGUGAACUGAUAAACUGUAAUAGAUACUGUAGUAUACUUUAGUUUUUACUACAGUUAACUGUAAUGUAUUGUAGUAUAAUAUACCCUAUAUUUGUAGAAAAGUUAGUACAGUAUUGGGUAAUUUGUUUACAUUACUAUAGUUGUUAUAUUACCACAGCAACUAUAGAAUUACCACAACAAAUUAAUUCAAGUACUUUACUAUAGUACUAUGAUUCAAAAACACUAUAGUAUUUACUAUAGUAUUUUUUCCACAAACCUGACGUUUGAAAAAAUAUGACCGACUUUAAUACGUUUAAUUGGAUUAAAAAAAAAAAACAUAUGUCUCUAAGUUAUACUAUUUUUAUUUAGGAUUUUGAGCAAUUACAUCAGUAUAGCUGCUCAAUUCAUCUGUCAGUCACUCCUGCAGGCGUCACAACAUACGGCGACAUGGUCCGCGAGACCGCGACACAAUGUCAUUGUCAGUGUUUUGCGACAAUGUCAGUGGCACAUGCUACUAUCCACUGACACAUGCCACUAUCCACUGGCACGUGUCACACCUUUUAAGUGACACAUGCCAAUGAAGACCGGAAGUGCCACUGCGUCAGAUGCCAUGUCACUUGAUGUUAAUACUGUUGCUGGGGAACUGAGCGGUGGUCAGAUGUCAACAUUUUGACAACGCUGUAACAACCUUCACAACGCAACGUAGUUAUAGCAACCUUUUGGCCACGUUGUUAAAACGUUGUUAGAAGGUUGGCUACGUUGUGCCAACGUUCUGUGUUUGUUGGGUAGACGCUAUACAUGACAGAGAUCACGUACAUUACCAAAAAUUCAUUGAAAUUUCGAGGCAAAAAGGUUAAUUGUUUAUUGUCAAUAGUGUAGCAAGAAGCACAGCUCAGAAGUCACUUUAAAACCAAGUAACUUUCUGCUUGUCAACUCUGCGUGGAAAUAUUUUUCCCUCACGCGAAAUUCCUGUACGCGUGGAUUCCCUUUAAAAUGACUGGAUUUCAAACGUCGCCAUGAAAUCAAAAUGUAAGUUUUUUGGCUUUUAGUAUGAAUAUGAUAGUCUUGUUGUUAUCUACAGCUAGUGUGCUCCAUAACUAUUGCAAUAUCGCAAAUCCAGCAAAGUUUUUUAUAUUUUCAUUUUUUUUUUUUUUUUUUAAAUGUAGGUAUAUUUUUAUAACAUUGUAUUUAGUAUUAGAUAUAUUUCUUGAGAAUCGGUUCGUUUCGGGCGAUCAGUUUGAAAAAAAAACGAUUCACCAAUUCGAAUUAAUGUUAUGUUCUCAGCUCGGAUGUGUAGCUUAUAUUUGGGCAUGAUUUUUAAUACUUGGUAUAAAUGUACAGUAGCCUACCUGUCAAAAGUUUGAAAACAUUACCAUUUUUUAAUGUUUUUGAAAGAAGUGUCUUAUGCUCACCAAGGCUGCAUUUAAUCAAAAAUACAGUAAAAACAAAUAUCAAGAAGUAUUAUUACAAAUUAAAAGAACUGUUUUCUAUUUGAAUAUAUUUUAAAAUGUAAUUUAUUCCUGUGAUGUCAAAGCUGAAUUUUCAGCAUCAUUACUCCAGUCUUCAGUGUCACAUGAUCCUUCAGAAAUCAUUCUAAUAUUUUUGACAGGCACUGUACCUGUUCAAUUUCGAUACAGACUCUUUGAUUGUCUGUUCAUUCAUUCAACUCUCCUCUUUGAUGUUGUGCCAAUAUGGUUCUGAUAAAAUUAUAAGCCUUAAUUAAAUCAUUGAAAUGUAUUUUAUUGAAUACCUUUAUUGUUUUUUGUCUCUCUUAGAUGCAGUUUGGCUCAGGAUAGAGCUUCGCACGGGUGUCACAUUAAAAAAGGGUUCAUUUUGCUGCUCACAUUGACAUUCUUAUUGUCUGCCAUUAAUUACUUCUCUGAUUUCUUUCUCAAGUCCACUGUGCCUCCUCACACCUUGUAUAAAAAUGUGGUAAAUCGGAUACGCUCCUAUUACAUGGGUAUUGAUUUUCCUUCUGGCCGUGAUAACCAAACAAUAUUUUUAGCACCUCCACCUGCACCCAAAGCUAAUCAACAAGUCCAACAAACAACUACACAAAUGCCUACACAAACCACAGACAUUUCAGUACAUUAUCACAUAGCUCAUCCAAGCAACUAUCAUUUCAUUCUGGAUGAACCUGAUAAGUGUAAGCAGAAUCCAUUCCUGGUCUUGAUGGUCCCUGUGGCGCCCAAUGAGGUAGCAGCUCGUAACGCCAUCCGGAGCACGUGGGGGAAUGAGAGCACAGUCCAGGGAAAAGCAGUGAUUACUCUGUUCCUGGUGGCUUUGACUGGAGGAUCCGACUCUGAAAAAGCUCAACAGCAGCUGGAGGAAGAGAGCCGACAACACAGAGACUUACUGCAGAGCAACUUUGUGGACUCGUACUUUAACCUGACUAUAAAGACGAUGGUAAUCAUGGACUGGCUGGCCACUCGUUGCCCUCAAGCAAAUUUCAGUAUGAAGGUUGAUUCUGACAUGUACUUAAACCUGGAAAACCUGAUGACCCUUCUAUUGGCACCCGACACACCCAGACAGAACUACAUCACUGGAGUGGUGAUGUGGGACCGGCCUGUCGUUAGAGACAAGAACUCAAAAUGGUACGUGUCAGAGGAGCUGUACCCCGAACCGAAAUACCCCACGUACCUGCUGGGAAUGGGAUAUGUUUUCUCCAAUGACCUGCCAGAAAAAAUAGUUGAGGCUUCCAAGGUCAUAAAGGCCUUCAAUAUAGAAGACGCAUAUGUUGGUGCUUGUCUGAAACAGUUGGGCAUUGCACCCUCAUCCCCCCCAAACCCUUCACAGUUUAAAAUCUACAUGGGACAAUAUAAACGAGAGGAUUUUUUUGGGGUCAUUACAACAAUAUUGGGAUCCCCACAGCAGCUAAUAGACAUCUGGAAGGACGUAAAGAGGCCCACAUAAAAGGAAUCAAAGCUGAGUGUUUAUCGGUUGCCUGAAUUUUAAAGGACUAUUUGCAUGUAUAGGUCAUGAAGUUAUUGAAAUAGAAGUUAUGAAGUUAUAUGAAAUAGUUAUUUAUAAAUGUAUAUUUUAACUUAUUUUUUCCUUUUAGAUUGUUAUAUAUAUAUAUAUAUAUAUACACACACACAUACAUAUUAAAUAUUUAUAAAGUGUGUGUGUGUGUAUAUAUAUAUAUAUAUAUAUAUAAUGAUGUAUGUCUGUGUGUGUGCAUGUGUAUCACACGCAUAAAAUAUUUUAAAUGAUUAUUUUUUCAAUUUCAAGAGACACAUUCUAGAAUAUUCCAUAUGGUGCAUAUAAAUACAGUAGUGUACUUCCUUAUAACAGAAGCUGUCAUUCCGAUUUUACAUUUCGAUUUAUUAAAGUAUAAAAUAAUUUUCUAAAAAUGUCAGUUUUUUUGUGGUAUCUGUGAAUGUCUCUUAUGUUUCAUACAAGACUUAUUUGUAACUGAAUCUCGAUUUAUUUUAUUAGACUUUAAUUUUUUAUGGUUGACUAUAAAUAUUUAGAAAACAAUUUUAAAAAUAAAGGUUUCAAAUAAAAUAAUACUGAUGUCACUAUUUAGGACCAUCUGCCAGUCCACAAAUCACACAGCAACAUACGGCGACAAAAAAAGUUAAUCUUAUUUGAUGGUUGUUGCUUUCAGUACUUUAAAACUCGAUUGUUGACAAGGUCGCAUUGGAACCUUCAGCUUGUAUUUUGCAUGUCAUGCAAAUAACGUUGGUAAGGUGAGAUAGCAGCUUCCAGACUAUUAUAAUGCCAUAGAUCUUCAAGACAUUUAGACAUUAAAAAACACUAGUUAUCUUAAGAUGCUUAUUGGUAUUUUUCAGUGCCAGUUGGAAAACACUCUUUCUGAUGGAGGAGAAUGUUUGAGAGAUGGGGGUAACAUGAUCCUUUUGAGUAGCAAAAUGAUUCUUUGCCAGCUCACUGUGACAUGCUUGACAGCCUCACCAGGUGGUUUUUAAAGGAUCCAAUAGGUUAGGAAAAAAAACAAGAGGAGGAGCAAUCUGGAUAGAGCGACUCUGAGGACACAUGUUCAGUAUCGCUGUUACUCUCAAGACAAGAUAAGCCUCAUUCAGAUGUUCUGUAAGAGUUGGCUACUGGUUAGUCUCCUCAUCCUACUUAAUGUUUUAUUGCUGUAUUUUACUGCUACUACCCUCGAAAGAAACCUGGGAACUACCAUGUUGCUUACCCUCAAAAUUAUAGAUUUAUCCUCGACCAACCAGACAAAUGUGAAAAACAAAAGCCUUUUGUGGUGGUUAUCGUUCCUGUGGCUCCGGAG